AUGAUUCUGGAAACCCGCGCACUUUUCUUGAUAGCUGUCUCAAUGAUGCUGGGCCUCAUUGUUGAUGGUGUGACACAUCGUGAAGACAGUUCUUCGUUUUGUCCGGCGUCUUGCGAUAUUCAUCACGUUUGCAGCACCGCCUUUUUGGACGAGACCGAGUGUCCGGUGGGUUCCACUUGGGACCCAAAUGGUGGAGCCUGUGGAUGCUGUGGCGCCUGCGUCCGGUAUUUGAAUGAAACCCAAAGGUGCUAUGAGCUGGAUUAUGCCCCGAGGGAAGUUCAGGAUGAUGGCACUAUCUUGAUCCAUGCCUGUGAUCCGGAGCUGUUCGUCUGCUCCGUGAUUGCGUCAGUAGUGAAAGGAAGAUCUCCUGCAAUUUUCGGCAAGUUUCACCGUUCGGUUUCCGAGAUUCGAGCGAAAAGAAUGGCGGGUUUCGCGAUGUCCGUGUUGUUGGUGCUGCUGGUGGUGCAUCCUGAUGCGUCAUCCGGUAGGUGUCACGUCCAAGAUGGCCGCCUUCAUUGCUCUGAGGCGUGCGACGCGGACGCGGUUCGCGCUUCCGAAUUCGACGGGAGGAUCGUCCUGACGGGCCGAGUUCUGGAUUUUGGCUGCCUCGACUUCUUCGGCAUAACGAAAGUUGAAUUGUUGGCUCCGACUCGCUGCGAGGGGGUUUUUCGUGCUUCGUUGGUCGAUCCGGCGGAUUUUUGCAUGACUGGGCCGAUUACGACGGAGUUACCAUCUUCUUCACCACUUCCCACGCAUGCUUCGAGUACGCUGGCGAUAAUUCCUGUUGCAUCGACGGAGACAGUGACGUCAACGACGGCAGCUUCUCUCACUUCUCUUACGACGGAGGCGCCAUCUGUCGUCACUUCUGGGGACACCGUGGUCACACAAGGCCCCUCGUCUGUUGGAGUUCCUUCGUUGACGACGUUCAUAACUGAAAUGACACAACAGACUACGCCUGCUCCUAUGACGACCAAGCCUUCCAUCAUAGUUUCGGUAUUGAAAAAUCUUCCGGAAACCCGACUUCACUCUGGGGAUCAUGCGAACGUCACGCUAACGGUAGUGGAAGGGAAAGCGGUCUUGGGCGCGGAGUUUGCGACCGAGCUAUUUUCUAAUUGGGCCAUA